CUCAUACUUCGUGGUUCCUUUAAUCGUGACAAUGUUGAUAGUGCCAAUAAUUCACCUGCCAGUAAAAAAAACAUUGUACAAUUUCAACGAAAGACGAGUCUUCUACGGUAUCAAUCAAUUAGUUGUCUUCAAACAAAAUAUCUUAUGAAGUUAAGAAGGAUGACACUCAUCUUCACUCUAAGUUGCACCAUAACAUUCAUCACAAGUGUUUAAAAACCAGACCUUUCUCUCUCCUCACUCCACCGUCCGGUGCUGAAGACGUGACCAAUGUCGGCGACGGAUAAGCUCUUCGUCAAGAUCUUCGAACGAAAAAAGCAAUUCAUCGAGCAAGUUCGUCAGGAAUCGCUUCUCUGGGAGGACAAUCUUCGUUACCUACUCAUUCUCAAUGGAAUUUCCCCUCCUCCAUGGCUCAAUAACUCCGCCGCUCACUCCUCUUUCCCCUCAGAUCCCAAAGAUCUAUUCAAAGAUGAUACUGUUUAUCAAGACCAACCAUCACAAGCACAAUUUGGAGUUCCUUCGGUUGGUGACAUUGCAGUCAGUACAAUAAUCUGGAUGUUGUAUCUGACGAUUUGCGUAAUGAAGUCGAUGAUAUUAAAAAAAGACCAUGAUACAGGGGGAAGGCUUUCUAAUUUUCCAGAUUGCUCAGUUAGUAAUGUUGGAUGUGCCUCAAGUGGUCCUCUAGAAUUGGAUUCAGUUGUUGUUUCACCUCAGAAUCAGAUAGAACAAAGAGUCUCAGAGAGUUUCCUUGAUUCGGCAGUGUCAUUUUCCAAGUUGCAUAGAUCAAGGUCAAGGCAGAAAGCUCUGGAGCAAUGUAACAGUGCAAAAGCGUCCAAACCAUUGUCAGUAGAUGGUGAUAAUGUUGGGGAUUGUACUGCUGGAGCUGCAUGUUCUGCACCACCAUCUCUACAGGAAGAUCAUAUCAAGGAGUUAGGCUUGGUCAAUGAGUUUCACCCAAACAACCGAAGUUGUUUGACGGAAGAAAUGAGAAAAGGGGGUUGUCUAACUCGAAAAGACCACAGUUCUAAUUACACUGGCCGUAAAACAAGAUCUAAAAGUUCAUCCCAGAAGUUUAACUCUUUGAGUAUCCGUAGUUUUUCUGUAGAAAAGGAACAUGGUCCUCCACUUAAUGAUUUGAAUGAGGAAAUGGAGCUUAUCAGCCGGCCUUCUUUUAUAAAUGGAAGUUGUGGGGUUCAGGAGCCAAAUUUAAUAGAUUUUCAAAACAAGGACGUUGGAAGCAGUGUCUAUGAUAAAAGAUUAAGCAUACAUAGAACUUCUAGCCAGGCAGAACAUAGUAGUGAAUUAUUAAACUUAGACAGCUCCUCAGGAAGAUACAAAGUGGUUGAAGUAUCUGAUAUUAAUCAACCAUGUUCUCAUGUUGAGUUAAAGGAUGUAAGCAAAACCUCUGAUUGUAUCAACGGAAGUAGGCGGAAUAUUGUUAAAGAUGGUGAUUUCUGCCAAACUGAACAAGAAAGUAACAUUCAGAGUAGGUUAAGACUACAUAGAAGUUCAUGUCCAUCACCAGGGGAUGAUUUUUUCACAACCAAUGGUUCUGGAAAGUCUAUCGAUAAAUCUGUGCAAUUACCUCAACCUUUAAUUUUGAAGAAUUUGCAGGACCCCUCAGUGGCCGUUGUUGGGUCUUUAUGUAGCCAAGAGGAACCUCACAUUUCUGAAGUAAAAACAAAAGAAUAUUUAAGUAAAAAUGGUUCUGGAAAUAUAUACUUAACCAGAAAUUCAAAGUUAUCAAAGUCUCCAAAUUCCAAAUCUCGCGGGCAAAGGGCUACCCAUUUCACAUCACCUAUAAGAAGAUAUGCAGAUGUCAUUGUAUACAGGCUACUUGUUGCUUCUAUAGGAAUAUCCAAGUUGCCAUUUGUAUUUCAAGACAGGCUACAGCUCACUAGUAUUGCAGACAAUUUAAAUUAUAGGCACAGAAAUGCUCAGAUGGCAGGGCGGGCAUCUGUAGAGCUGCAUACUCUCAUUUAUUUCCGAAAGAGGCCAACAGAUACGGAGGCUAGGAUAGUAAAGAUAAGAUCUAAUGGAUUUUUUGUGUUUGUCCCCAAAUACGGCAUUGAGGGACCUGUAUAUUUGACAACAAGAGAUGAAAAGGGUAGUGGAGAAUGGUAUGUAGAUGAACAAGAGCAAAAGAUUAAAAAGAUGGAUGGCAGUUCUUCAUACAACAUUUUGCAAACAGUACAAAUUCACAUGGAGGUUGUGGAACCUCAGCCUAACCGGCCAAAACUUCAGCUUACUCUCAUCUAGAGAUAUAAUGAGCAUUCAACAAGAAGCAUGUUGUGAAAUGUACCUCCCAUUUAUAUUGCUAUCCGUGUUUCAGCACUUGAAGAUGCCUGAUAUUGGAAUUGACUGGCAUGAAUGUUUUGUUGGAAGGGAAAGAAAACAUAGGUUCUGCUGUAGCUUGAAAUUCCAACCUUUUAGCUAGUAAUCUAAAUAUCAGCUUGUAAAUCUAUGUCAAUGAUGCAGUCACAGCAUUUCUCCAUGGGGAGGUCUGCCGGUUUCAGCUUGGGAGGAUCUUAUUCAUCAAAUCAUACUCAACAGCAACAGCAGCAUACUCCUUCUGCCAAUAACAACGGUGUCUCUUUUCAUCUGUGGACAAUCAAGAUCUUCACCUACAUGGGUCGGACGUUUUUCCGUCUCCAAACUCUACGUAUCAUUCACAGACCAGCGGACCUCCUGGCAUUGGAUUAAGGCCACUAAAUUCUCAAAAUAAUGUUUCUGGUACAGGUUUAUAUGACCAGCUCAUCCAGCAGUAUCAACAGCACCAGAAUCAGUCCCAAUUUCUCCUUUAACAUACUUCUGCGUUUGGUGCAGUUACACCUCCAAGUGCGAGGUAGAUAAUUCCCUUCGAAAGUCUUAACUUGCAUCCCUCGGAGGCCCCGAGAGUUUCGUUGUCUUUGAUCAUACAGAUUUUCCACCAUAGCAUGUGAAUAUUCACAGCGGAGACAAACUCGUUAAAAACUCAACACGGCACGAUAUCCUUUUGCAAUAACAACACACAAAAA